GCCGGUAAAUAAUAAUUAAUAUGGAUCAAAAAGCAAUAUUUACGUAUUGCCAAUCAUUAGGUUGUUGCAAAUUGUGUUGCCUCCGAUAUGCAGGUAUAAAAAAUCGUAAUGCCUAUGAAAAACCUAACGAUUUUUGUAAAAAGUUUGAAAAUGUCAAUGGAACAGAACAGGAUCAAAAUAUGGAUAGUGAGCCAAAAGAGGGUGCUAAUGGCAGAGAACCUGCCCCAGAAAACAGCACAACCCAUAAUAAUAAGUCUAAUGGUAAUGGCGAUGAAGCCUUAAGUGAAAAUUCAAAUGGUAACGGAUGUCCAGCUCCAAAGCGUCGCAAAAUGGAUGUCUGUGCGAGCUGCUUGGGGAUCCUACAAGAACAAACUUGGUCUGAUAGUGUAGAAAUGACUAAAGAAGUAUUAGAAAAAAAAAGAUAUGAAUGCAAAACAUUUGCAUGUGCUCUGUCGGCUCCAAUUGCUACAAUUUUAAGAGAGAAAGCAAUUAUGUUGAGGCUAAUAGAUAAAUACCCUGAAUAUAGUCAACAAAUGCUGAUACCUUUAAAAGAAGCAUGGAAAUGGUCAUUUGGUGUUUAUCUUGAAAGUAAUAUUAACAAAACUUUGGACUCUGGAGCGAUCUCUCCCCUACUGAUCACAGUUAAUAUGGAUUAUAUUGAUGAUCUGCAGGAGUUAGAAAUUCUAAAAACUGUAUCACCAGAGCUAUUUGAAGAAAGAAGUAAGCAGAAAAGACGCUUUGUUACUGAGUUUACUCGGCGUUCAGUAGAACAGGCGCUAGAGAACGCGACGUUACCAACGCUAGUGGCUGCGGGCGGCGCCUUGCCCGUCGCCGACGGCCCCGCCCACACCGCCGGCGUGCAGGCUGCGCACGCGCCCGCGUAUCUCGCCGCUAGAUACGUGAAGUUGAGCCGCAACCUGCCGCAGUCGCCGUGGGUGCUGGAGGGGCGGCGCGUGCUCCCCUCCUCCGUGCAGGAGAUCAUCUUCGCGCCGAUCGCCAAGCUAUACAAGUUCGACGCGGACGCGGCGGAGUCGCGGCUGAAGUUCGUAGCGGCGGGUCGCGAGGACGUCGACGUGCGCUGUCUCGGUGACGGCCGCCCUUUCGCUGUUGAGGUAACGGACCCGACUCGCGAGCUGACUGCUGCGGAGUUGGAGCGAGUGUGUGAGGAGAUAUCCCAGAGCGGAGACGUUGUUGUGACAACAUUCCAGCCUAUUACUAGAGACGAUCUUGUGCAGCUAAAGAAGGGUGAAGAGACAAAAUGCAAAACGUAUGAAGCUCUGUGCAUCAAACUGUCACAUCGUGAUGAUGAAAAUCUUCCGGAGGACGCACCGAUAACGGUGACAGACUCAGAUAUAGAGCGCAUGAACGCGUUCCGCAACACGGCGGCCGGUGACGUCAUCAAGCUCAACAUCCAGCAGAAGACGCCCAUCAGAGUGCUGCACCGCCGCCCGCUGCUCACGCGCACACGACAGAUAUUAGACUUCACUGCGGAAAAAGUCCCAGGUCAGCAGCAGUUAUUCAAGAUCCGUGUACGCACAUCAGCGGGCACGUACGUGAAGGAGUGGGUGCACGGCGAGUACGGGCGCACGCAGCCGUCGCUGGGGGAGGCUAUCGGCGCGCGCGUCGACAUGCUCGCGCUAGACGUCACCGCUGUGCAUCUCGAUUGGCCGCCAAAUAAAUCAUAGAAAGCAAUUUGUUUAUUACUUUUAUGUCAUAAAGUUUUGAUUG